AUGUGCAUAAAAUCAUCGCACACCAGUAGAGAAGAGUCGGGCGACCGCGGGCAGCACUCUGUACCUGCGGCCAUCGCGUCGGGGCUCGCCCCAACCUCCCAUCUUCCAGCACAUGGUAUUCACGGCCCGUCCGCGUCUUCCCGGAACCUGACCCCGCUCUCCCCCCUCCCCCACCACCGCGCGGCGCGUCACAGGGACGUCGUGAAAGAAACAUCUGGGGUCGACGCCCGCCGGCGCCGCCUGCAAGCCGCGUUUACCAUCGAUCCUCGCGGCCUGCGGAGGAGAAGAGCUGUGACACGAGGCAAGGUGACGUUCUGCUACUACGCGAGCUGGGCGAGUGGCCGGCCGGCGGGCGGGUCGCUCUCGGCGGCCGACGUGGACCCCGCCCCCUGCUCGCACCUCGUGUACGCCUUCGCCGGUGUGGGCGCCGACGGCCUGAUACAGCCGCCCGACGACCACGGCGCAGGCUCGUACCGGAAGUUCACGGCGCUCGCCCGGAAGCACCCCAACGUGACGACGCUGCUGGCCAUCGGAGGGCGGGACCACGGCACGGCGGCCUUCUCCGAGAUGGCGUCGACGGAGGAGGGCCGGCGGAGGUUCGCGGACAGCGUGGUGGUGUUCCUCCGGCGACACGGCUUCCAGGGCCUCGACGUGGACUGGGAGUACCCGACCCAGAGGGGCGGCGUGCCUGAGGACAAGGCCAACUACGUGCUGCUGCUGCGCGAGCUGCGGCGGAGACUGCACGCGGAGCAGCUGCUGCUGACGACGGCCGUGGGCGCGGCGACCAGCCUCGUCGGCACCGCCUACGACGUGCGGGCCGUGGCGCAGAGUGUGGACUACAUCUCGGUGAUGACGUUCGACUACCACACGCCUUCCACGCACAACGUCACAGGCAUCCACUCGCCGCUGUCUCCGCUGCCCAGUGACGUGGGCGACCGCUCCGCCCUCAACAUCAGGGCGAGCAUCGCGGCGUGGGUGGACGGCGGCGCGCCCCGCAGCAAGCUGCUGGCCGGGUUCCCGCUGCACGGGCGCGCCUUCACGCUGGCCUCUGCCGCCGCCCGGGGGCUGGGGGCGCCCGCGGCGGGGGCGGGCAUAGCGGGACCCUACACCGCCCGCCCAGGCUACCUGGGCUACUACGAGAUUUGCAGGAAGCUUAAGACUGAAGCGAACUGGACGAAGGUUUACAACAACUCCACCGCGAGUCUAUACGUCUACAAGGACGACCAGUGGAUCAGUUUCGACGAUGAAACAACGUUCACGAUAAAGGCCAACUACGUCUUGGAAGAAGAUCUCGCAGGCGUCAUGAUCUGGUCCAUAGACACAGACGACUUCAUCGGCACCUGCAGCAACAGGAAAAACCCUUUGCAAAAAGUGAUUAAAGAGACCAUUGGCUCAUAAAAUAAAAAAUGACUAGAACAAUAAAAUAAACAGUUUUCAAAGCCAUCUUGAACCAAAACUGUCGAUAAGUCAUUUCUGUCAUGGCUGUCUUGUGAGAGUUCACGAGUUUAGUGAGAGCAGAGAACACGGUCACUGGAACAAAAACAUUCAAUGUAUCAAGUGAGAUAAAAUAUUUUAGUGUAACUGAUGAUGGAAACUGUAUUUUUAAUUGUGUGUACAGUAUCAAUAUUGUAAAUGAAAAUGCCUUUUACCAUUAAUGUAAAAAAAAAAUAAUUAUCCAUAGCUUACAGAUAUUUGUAAAAUAUUGUAGAUUUUGUCACCAUUGUUCCAAACUGUUUUAAGUGCAUGAGUUCAUUUCAAAUAUUUAACUGGUUUUCUGUCGUGUUUGUGCCUAACUAUGGUUGUAAAAUACAAACUAGAUUACCCCUUUCUGUCUGCUCCAGACAGUGUACAUAAAACUUUUCUAAAGAAUUUAUUGCCCUGUGUGAAAAUGUAAAUACAGAACUAUGCAAGAGAUGACUUAUUGAUAAAUUUCUUCACAUUUGGCUUUGGGAAAUCAAAGGUGGGUUUUAUCUCUCCUAUAUUUUAUAUUUUAUAUCUGGUAUCUAAAUGAACACUACAGAAAAUCUAUUUAUCAGUGUACUCUCAAUAAUGUGCAUCGAAUAAAAUGCUUUUUUCUGUGUAUUUUGUAUCUAAGAAAUUUAAUUUGAGAAUAUAUAAAAUACAUUAUACCAACAUGUUUAUUUCCUUCCUUUGAUCUGUCUCAAGUUCUACUAUGUACCACAAAUGGAACAAAUUUGAUGUGAAUACCAGAAUCUUGAAUAUAUACAUAUAUUUUUACAAACCAUGGAGAAA